AUGGAAGACAAAGAAACAGCUUCAGAUCGGAUACAAAAUCGGAAUAUUGUGGAUAUGCUUCGAGACGAUAAAGCUUCCGGAUCGAAGAAGAACUGGAAGGCGUUUCGAGACACGCUCCGCCUCAAGCGCGCCGGUAGAGCGUGGACCUCCACCGUCCCUAUCCCCGCCUCUGAUCUCCCGAUCAACACCAACAGUAGUACUAACCGUAUGAUGAUCCGACGUGGUUCUUCAAGGUAUCCAAGCGACCCGAACGUCGACGAACUGGACGGCGAGGCAACUCGGCAGUUAGGGUAUACGCCGGACAGGCAACGCAGCGGCCGGUUACUCCCACUGGAAACCGAUCCGGAGGAGGAAAACGAUAAUAAGCCCCCGGACGGCGGCGAGACAGAGCCUGAACAACAGAUGUCGUUGAUGUCGUUGCUCUCAGAUCACGGGUCUCAUUACAAUGCAGGUCCAGAUGAACACGUUGAAGAACAUCACGAAGAACCAGAACCAGAGGAAGAAAAGAAAGAAGAAGAAGAAGAAGAAGAAGAAGAGAUCGGAGACCACAAUAUAUGCGGCAGUUGCAAAGGAAAGCAUAAGAACACAGCAUUUGGUCCCUGUGGUCAUACAUUUUGCAAGAACUGUACAAAGGAGCUUCAUGUCUCCAUAGGUAAUUGUCCAACCUGCAGUAAUUAUAUGUUGGAAAUUCUUGAUAUCUAUUAA